AACAGAAGCAACAGGUCAUUUCCACGGCUCGCAAGUCGGGCCUUAGCUCGGUGCGGCUCCGGCUAAAACUAUCUUUUGUUGAAUUGUUUGAAUUUGCUCGUUUGAAAAUCAUUUGCCAGUCGCGCUCCGAACGUCGCUGUGAGAGCACGCUCUGUUGGAGCGCUAGUUUAGAGUCGCGCGUAACUUUCGAACAAUCCUACGAAAUAUAAAACACGAGUGAUGUGCGCAAACGCACGCUUCGGUAAUUUUUUAGUUGGUAGACAUUCGUGACAGUACAAAUGUCUCCUAGCCUGGAAGGCAUGAUGUUCAACAGGAACACAAAUCUGUCGGCACGCCGACCACUGUUGGCGGAACCGCAAAAGCCUCCGGUGGUGGUUCCGCGCGUACCGCCCCGCGACAUUGGCCCACACCGGCCUCUGCCGGCGCCGAGAAACCUGCCCGAUUAUCGAACCGAUUACAGGAAACCAUCGAAUGUCGAACUUGAAAAGAGGCUGCAGGAGUCACGUGCCCGAGAGAAAAUCAGCUAUUUUCAAGACAAAGUAACUCCUCCCGAAUUGAAUUUGGACAGACGAGAAGCAGAACUCGUGUUCAGGUUCGAUAACCACGAACCCACGGAAUACUCGACAGCACAAUACCGAGCUCCGACAGUGCAUUAUGCGAAACCUCCGAUUCCAGCAAACGGGAUAGCCACUCGUCCUCCGGAACGCGACGGACCUUUUGUUUUCGGAAUACACAGUCCGAGUCAGUUCCCCAUCCCCAGAAAAGACGACGAUGAUUACGAUUAUUCCGAAGUGACCGAAGAGAACGGUCGUACUGUGAUACGCGAUGAUGAUUCAGAGGACUUAAACUGUUGUGAUAAAGUGAACGACUGGGCAGUGCGGGACAAGAAGAACAGGCGAACUUUAAAUCGAAUGUUUCAAAUAAGAGACAAAAGGAAGGUGAAAGGUGGAAAGAAACAAAAAAUUAAGUGUGUGUUGGUUGGUGAUGGAGCUGUUGGCAAAAGUUCUUUGAUAGCGGCAUACGCGCAGGACACGUUCCGGGAAGAAUAUCAGCCAACAGCAUACGACACAUUCAACGUUGUGGUCGACGUGGAUGACCGGCCUGUGUGCGUGGAAAUCUGUGAUACUGCUGGACAGGACUCGAUGUCUGAGCUCCGAGAACUGUGCUACCCGGGUACGGACGUGCUGAUGCUGUGCUUCUCCUUAGUGCGGCCGGAAACGUUCCGAUCUGUCGCCGAACGGUGGACGAAGGCGGUCGCUAAUGUGAACGCGCCGUUAAUACUCGUCGGCACGCAGAGCGAUCUUGUACAGGAUUCCCGAGUUGUACAAACUUUGAGGAACCGAGGAGAGCAUGUGGUAACAGAAGCAGAGGCUAAAGUACUAGCUGCAAGGAUAAAUGCAGUAUACAUCGAAACAUCGUCAAAGACAAGAAGACAGUUGAAAGAUGCGUUUGACGCCGCGAUUUUAGCAGGGCUGCCAGUAAUACAAGGCAAAAAGAGUGUUUGGAAAAAAAUGUGUUGCUUAAAUUAAGACUA